UUUUCCUUGUUUUCUUUGCUCUCUCGGCCUGCAUCCUUUGCCUGUGCAGCACUGACUGGACGAGCCGGUAUCGUCUAUAUGACUCGUUUCCUCUUGUAAGAUCGCCAUCCGUGACUGUGGCGACCAUGAAAUUGUCGCAGAAAAUCCGACACCGUAUGUCCCACGAAGAUGUUCGUCGUUUAUUCUUGGAUCCUGGCCCCUGCGGCCUGCGGAUUCUGCACAGCAGUAGUUUCCCUGGUAAUCUUCUCAAUGUGUCGAACAAUUAAACCGCCUCGUCACAUAUCGUGUCACUCAGUUCCACGUUAUUGUUUUCGCAGUCGUGACGUCAUCUGCAUUGGUCUCAUUGUCUCCCAAAAAGGCACGGUCCAACUUCUUUGCCUUCGCUCUCUCACCGCGGAGGCGUUCCGUUGCCUCUCUACGCUAGCCUCGCCGAACGGCUAAAAACAACUUCAGACCGUCUAUUGUACCUUCUUUACGCUUACGAACCUUUCUUUCUUUCUUUUCUUUCCUGCAACUUUCACUCACUCCUCGACUAUUCCUGCUGGCACAAGAUUCUCACCACUCAGACGCCCUACGAAGAUAUCCACUGAUCACUUGGAAAUAAUGACGAGCCAUUCCAAUCACGCGCCAAACGAGUUCCGUACAUCUUCACCGACGGACAACAGGUCUUCGUUCCGUUUUCCAUCCAAGUUCAAGGAACAUCUCUCCAUCGAUGUUCCUCAUCCCGACCUCCAACUCGAACACUCCCACUUCUCACCCGACUCACCCCCACCACCUGUACCUCCCCUUCAUCGAGCCUCUUCCUCCACCCACUCCAACCAGCGCAGCACAUACUCGUUCGGCUCUUCGACGAUGUUUUCACCGCGCUCGAAGGCUCAGGAUCUGGAGAAAGCGGAUGACCCUCCGAUAAUGGAAGUUCCUUUGGACGAUCGUUCACGGUUAGCAACUCCUAGUCCCCGGAGGGAGUCAGGCUGGGGGAUAAGGGAUCGGUUCACGAAGUUCUUGUUCGAUGCGAAGUCGUUGAAGAAGGAGCAUUCGGAGCCUGAUUUCGGAAUCGCGAUGCAGGAGACGGUGCAGAUGGAGCAAUGGGCACCUCUGAACAUCGAGAAACGAAACCCUCCCACGUAUGCUCAACAAGAGCAAGACCAACAUCUUCCUAGAUGUACGUGUUGUCCGCACCAUCAUGACCAUCAGAAGAAGCAACAGGAGGGAACGUUGAAGAAGUGGAGACGGAAAUUCCUCAUUUUCCUCGGCCUUUUGUUUCUUCUUUGGGUCUUCGCCAAUCUCGUGGCGUUGGACGCCAAGGUUCUGUCUCCCGGUACUUCUUCGUCUUCAUCAUCUGGCUCGGGUACUACAACGGCGUCUGCGCCCUCAGCAUCGUCAUCCUCGUCUUCGACUCUCUCUGCUGCCGUGCAAGAAUGCAUCACGGAAUACACCGUCAACGCUCCCAAUUCUCCAACUACGUAUCCCUGCUCUACCUGUCUUCCCCUCCUCUCCGCCCUUCCAUCAAGCGUUACGGACGAAAAUCCCGCCGCGCUCGAAGCGACCCAGUUCUGUGCGCUUAGGGCACUCUGGGAGGAUUCGGACUCAACGGGGCAGAGCGGGUUGGAGAAUGGUGGCUGGGUGGAAGAUGUGAAGUUUUGUUCGUGGAGCGGGGUGACCUGUGACGGGUCGUCGAGGGUCUCGUCUCUGGAGUUGACGACGCCUGCGGUCCCCGCGUCGAUACCCGUUGAGUUUGGCAAUCUUACCGCCUUGUCGAGUUUGCAGAUCAUAGGCGACGGCACGAUCCCUGGCGGAUCAAUCCCCAACUCAUUCCUCUCCUUAUCCUCGCUCACGUCCCUCCACCUCGAAUCAACAGCACUGACCGCUCUCCCAAACGAUACGCUUGCUAACUCGAAUCUCACGACGCUCGUUCUCGUCAAGAAUACGCAGAUGGGGUCUUCGUUACCUACGACUCUUGGUGCGAUGCCGUUAACGCAGCUGAUCGUGACUAACGAGACGCUGACGCUGACGGCGGAUCAAGAAACGAACAUUUGCGGAAGGACGCUCUCGACGUGUGAUCUUCAAGGAACAGGGAUCUCCUCUUGCGGCUCCUGUGUCGUCGGAUGAGCGCUUCUCACUCAUCGUGGCCUCUUUCAGUCUGACUGUUUCAUGGUGGAUACGGACUUCUGUCACACACGCGCUGGAUACCAUGUUGGUGGAUUUUAUUUGGUAGCUGGAUGAGCUCAGGACUCUUGUCGUCGUCUUUAUCAUCGCCUUUCACUUUGCUUCAUCUCACGAAAUGACCCACGCCAGAGCUGCCUAGUGUAGCGAUGGCCACGAUUUGUUUCUUUUUGACAUGCGUACUUUAUCCUUACUUACCUACUGUCAUGCAACCUUGGCUCGGUCCAAGCAUUCUCCCACCUUCCAUGCCUGCCCCUCGUCUUUCCAUCGGUCACUUGGUUUCGAGAUGGACCUCCGUGCAUGGACACGUCGCUUUGCCCUUUAUUUUCAUGUUCAUAUACUGUCGCUACUUUACGUCACUUUGCUUUACUCGGAGGUACAUAGAUUCUGUCUGUCUGUUUUUGGUUCGUUGUGGAUUAAUCUGUAGCUAUACUUACGAGCGUGGUUGUAGCCGUCGGUGUUGUGUGGGUGGUAGUGUUCUGCAGUGGCGUUGUGUUGUGGGAUCAAUCGAUUAUUGUUGGUGUCGGUUGGUCCAAAGUUGGCAGUGUUGUGAGACUUGACUCAAUGUUCA